AAGAAUCAUCAAUAAUCUACUGUUAUAAUCGAUCCACAAAACCAACAAGGCUCAUAGCAAUGACUUUAUCAAUAUUGAACAUCGAAUGAUCAUCUCGGAGGUGGACAAUGUCCUUCUGCAGAGUUACGGGUAAUAGCCGGGGUCUUCCCAGGCCGAAUUAUUUUCCGCUCUUACCCCCGAUAAGUCCAGCGGAUGCGAAGAGAUUCUGCCGCAUCACUGGUAAAUCCUACGGCCUACCGACACAUCAUUACAUUCCGGUGUUGCUGGGCGCCCACGCCCACGACAAAUCGAAAUGCAAGAUCACGACGAACUCUUCGGGCCUCGGGCCACAUCACUAUACUGCCGGUUUGAUCGUCGGCGAGAAGAAGAAGCAUGUAGUGCUCAAGGAUUACCGCUACGUCUUCCCGAUCUUGGAAGGCGAAGGCGAGCAGCAGCGCGUGUUGAGGGAGCUCCUGAACGCGAAACAGACUCCCAUCGAGGAGGAAGAAAAGUUUGUGUACACGGUAGAGGAACGAAGAUGCAGUCUAGUAUUCCCGGCGAAGUUGGAAGCCGCUGUUAGGGAUGGGGAUGUCAAGGACGUCAUGCUCUCGCGGGAUUGCGACACCGUUUUGCUGAGGCUGAAGCAGGGCAAAAACGUGUCGGUGGAUUUCAAGAACUUGGAAGACUUUGAGAAUCUUUAUGACGGAUUGGGACCGAGAGAGGAAGUGCUGAAGGAGCGAGAAAGGCUGGAGGCCGAGGCUAAAAAGAGAAAGAGAAAGAAGCAGACCGCGUUGAAUUAUGCGAAGAGGAUUUUUGAGGAAAAGGAGAAAGCGGCCGACGAGGAGGAGCUUCGGCGUGCCAAGCAGCUCAAGUUAAGGAGUAUCAAGGAGGAGAUUAAAAUGGAGACAAUAACGGAAAAUUGGAGACAGGUGGAUGUGGAACAAGCGAGACUUCAGUCUUCUGACAUCGUGAAUAUUUCGAAUGCUCUCAAGGACAUAGCAAAACCGAUCUCCAAUGUGUUAGAUUGUAACUUAUUGCAAAACAACACGACUAAACCAGCCAACCUGCCGAUGAUAAAAAAUAUACCAGUUCCUAUAAACGUCGAGCCGCAGAUUGUAGAUCGAGAACCGAUUCUGUACAGCCCCAUAUUCGAAUCUGUAGGAGGUUUUGAGGCAGUCGCGAUCACGAAACCUUUAACACCUUUGAUUGCGAAAUCAGACGCGACGCUGCAAAGUGCUAUUCGGAAUAUCUCGCAAGAUCAUCUUGAAGAGAGCGCAAACAUAACGGAAAAGCUUCUUGAGGCUGGAGAACCAGCAUUGGAAUGCCUACCACGAAUGGAAGAGAUUCCCGAAUUGGUACAGAAUCUGCCAACCGGUAAGAAAAGUACGAUACACAAUGUCAAGGGUCUCAAAUUGGAUAUCAAAUCGACGGAAAGAUUUGUCACGGGCCAAACCGUACAGACGCCAUCGGGCGCUAUCUUUGUACCCGGUCAGACCCUGCAGACACCUCAAGGUCCCGCUUUUGUGCCUGGACUUACUCUCAAUACGCCCGAUGGACCUCUUCUAAUUCCUGGACAAAUCAUUGCUGUUCAAGAACCAGACGGAGCAAAAACGCCAAUAUUCGUUGCUGGGCAGACUUUGACAACGGAGCAAGGCGAACGUUUCGUUCAAGGUCAAACGUUUCAUACAAGCGAGGGCACGAAGUUCAUCGAAGGCCAGACUGUUCUAACGGAGGAAGGCCCGAAAUUUGUGGCCGGUCAAGUAACGACAGACGGAACUUUUAUCGCGGGACAAACCGUAAUUACUCCGGAGGGAGACCGAUUCAUGGCAGGCCAAACCGUCACAGAUUACCAUGGUGAAUUAGUUUUCGUACCGGGACAGAAUGUCCGUAUCAACGACAAAUAUGAAUUUGUGCCUGGUCAAUGCAUCGAAUCGCCGAACGGCGAACCUAAAUUUGUCCCUGGACAGACGUUGCUAACAACCGAAGGCCCGCGAUUCGUCCCUGGACAAUAUAUUACUACAAAAUCAGACGAGAAGCAUUUUGUACCAGGUAUCGUCAAGAGCACGGAAAAUACAUCGACAUUUGUGCCAGGAAUGACACUGGACACUUUGAAAGGUCAGAAGUUCGUUGAAGGACAAGUGCUGAAAACUCCAGAAAACAUAAUUUUCUGUCCGGGACAGACUGUCGUCAGCGAAAAGGGCUUUGACUUUGUCGCGGCAACCAAAUUCGACGAAGUAAUCUUUCAAGAUGCUGGUCCCGUUGGCAUACCGAUAGAUCCAAGAAGCACAAAUGCGAUAUCGAGUCUUCAACAGCGUGAGAUCUUCGGUCACAUGGUGCAGAUGGAAAAAGGCAUCGAAUUUUUCCCGGAAAACAUGAAGAAGUUACCAGAGGGCAGAAAAAUCGUGCCGGGCCAAUUAGUCAGCGGCGACAAAGAUGGACCGCGUUUCGUGCCGGGUGUCAUGACCGAGGAUGGCUUCUUACCAGGUCAGAUAGUCACAACAGAGAAAGGGGAGGAGUUUGUGCCAGGCCAGGUGAUUGACACCAGCAGUGGGCCAAAAUUCGUGCCUGGCCAGAUAAUAGAAACCCGAGUGGGGCCCAAGUUUGUGCCUGGUCAAACGGUGAAGACGGUGGAUGGGCCGCGUUUCGUGCCGGGCCAGAUCGUUGAUACUAAAGUCGGACCAACAUUUAUCCCCGGUCAAGUGAUCUAUACCGAGGAGGAAGGAUCCAGAUUCGUGCCGGGACAAGUGGUGGACACGCCGGAGGGGCCCAGAUUCGUGCCAGGUCGUGUAGUGGAAGCGGGCGAGAUGGGUGUGACCUUCGUACCAGGUCAGAUCGUUCAGACAGAAGAUGGCCCUUGUUUUGUUGCUCCCGAUCUCAUCGAUACUCCCGAGGGCGAGCUGGAAUUCUCUGUGCAGGGCUUCGAAGUCACGCCUGAAGAGUUGCAAUUACUACGACCGCAGCAUUUGAAUUAUAAUCCACAUUUUCGUCAUCGCGGUGAGACCAGUAUAGACUCUAAGAUGCUACGCGAGCUAUCCGAAGCAGGAUUGUCUGUGGGACGGAAAGUCGCGACGAGCUUGCCGUCUGUAGACGUAAAUGUAAAUCCGAAGGCAGUGGAGAAGGCUCUCGUUGUGGCGAAGACGAAAUUGAGUUUACAAGGUGGCACGGCAGUGAAGAUGGCACAGAUCGUGUCAAUGGUCGCGCAACUGGCGAAAAAUAUAGUUGUGCAACAACAACAAGGAGAGUCAAAUCCCGCAAAUGCAAUGCUAAUCAAUGGUAUCCAUUCGCCCGCUAUAAAAGAAGAAAGGGUAAACGGAACGAACGGCAUCGAACUUCUUCGAGAAGCGAUAAAAGCGGCAAUCACAGCAGCUGUCUUAAUAUUAUCGGAUGACCAACAAGUAGCAACAUCAGAUAACAACUCUCAAGAUUUUGUUUAUUCUUCCAUUAGCGAGUCCUUCAACAUAUCGUUACGACAAAACAAUCGAGAUAUCGAUCGAUCGAUUGAUGAAAUUUUGAAAAUUCUCUUAAUCCCACAAAACCGUAGUUCUCUUUGCCAGAGUGUGUUGUCGGAACUGCUGAUCGCUAAGAACAGUAAGGUUAAUAUACUCAAGUCAGCUAUGAGUUCCGACCAGUCUUUGCAAAAGGACUCGAUGAUCAAGAAGCUGUCAAUGGUUCUCGAAGAACAUAACACGGAUCUGAUCGGAUCGGCCUUUCGAACCGUUUCGAAGAACGAUCCCGAAUUGGUUUCGCUCGUUUUAGAGAAUGUAUCGCGACACGUGGCAGAUGUUGCAACGGAAAAGGAAGCCACGGAGACGGUUUACAAAGCGAUCAUCCAGGCUGUCCGGGAGUCGAGCGAGAUUCGCGUGAAGGAAUUAUUGAAUGCCGAACGUGGAUCGGAUGUGCGCGAGAUGCUGCUGCAGGCGGUGGGCCUUGCGCGGGCCCUUGGCAUGUCCGACACGGCGAGUAGCCUGCUGGCUGUGAUCAGUGAUGAGAGAUCUACCCAGGCGCUGGCGAACGACCGGGUCACCAUGGACGUGUUGAAGAGGCUGGCGAUUAUGAGGAGGCUCGCGGAGGAACGGCCUCCCUUUAUGAACGCCCUCGGACAAUUGUACAGCGAUCCCGAGCUGGCUAGAACGGACCCGCGACUGCGAACCCUCGUAAGAGAAAGCGCCGCGCUAAUGAUUGUACCCGAAGAGGCCCCGUUGCAAUCCUCGGUCGACGUGCCCACCGCAUUGUUGCACGCUGACAACAGUCUGGCGAUGGAGGAGUUCCUGCUGAGAAGGAAUCAUAAGCCAUCAUCCAUCUUCAUGAUUCUGAAGCAGGGCUUUCAAGCGGUCGUACCUCGAGAAGCAUCUCGAUCGGUACUGACCGGUGAAGUAGCUUACACUGUUCUCGACGAGGACGGUAUACAUCAUUUCGAGCCGUUGCACGUGUUCUCGGCACUUAGACUGAAUCGCCCGACUGCCCAUCGGUUUUCCAUGUAUUGCUGUCCGAUGGCAAAGGAAAUAGAUACAGACGGUGAGGUGGUGUCCGUCACGUUCACCGGUACGACCUCGAUUGCUAGUAGCUUAGACGGUUCUGCCAAUGGUAGCUCCCACAAACAAGAGAACGGCAUCGCAAUCUUGUCGAGGUCCGAACAGUCGGUCGCUCUUCUCUCGCUCAGCAGAGAGAAUACGCCGAGUCUAAAGAGGCUGAACGGCGCUCGACAAAAGGACAGCCUCGAGCGGGGAUCCACGGAAAAUUACGUGGUCGUGAAGGACUACUUGGCGGACACCGACGGACUCUCCGUGCACGUCGGCGACAUCGUCGAAGCCAUCGAGCAUGACGGUUCAGCGAAGAAAGCGAAGAUGGACCCCGAUCUGGAGGUCGAGGUCGGCGAUAUCCUGGAUAAUUCGGCCGCAAAACACAAGCUGUCGAUCCGUCCACGUCGAAAUCACGCGGAUCCGCGAGCUCGAAGCAGCCCGAGUAUCGAAUUGGACUCGAGCCUUCAAAGGGUACACGUUCGUACAUCCGACGGAAGGCAGGGAUGGUUACCCAUGUCCAUUUUAAUGCAAACAGCACUCAGCGAAGAAAGUUCAUCAAUGAGUCGACCAGAAGAUUCUCAUUAUCGACGAGAGGCUGUCGUGAAAGAAUUAAUCGAGACAGAAGAAGAAUUCGGUAGGGAUCUUCAGCUGGUCGUCGAACGUUACCUGAAGCCUCUCGACAAUCCUAGUAUUCCGCGGAGCAUACGAGACAACAAAGAAAUUAUUUUCACUAAUCUGAAACAAAUAGCUGAUUUUCAUAACACAUCGUUCGGCAGGGUGUUGAUCGAGGGUGUCAAGUAUUAUGCGGAUCAACCACGUAUGCUCGGCAGAACUUUCUUAAGAUUGGAGAGAGAUUUUGACAAGCAUGUGGCAUACUGCAGGGACGAGCCAGCUGCUCAGGAAUUUCUUCAGACAAACAACGAAGUACGCGAAUACUUCGAGGAAUUGAGCCAGACUCUGGGCGACGACAAAAGUAUAUCGGAACAUUUAAAGCUCCCGAUACAACGUAUAAACGAUUACCAGCUCCUAUUGAAGGAGCUGGUGAAGUAUUCGACCCGAUUAGGCGAAAACUGCGACGAUCUACAAAAGGCAUUGGAGUUGAUGCUAGGAAUCCCUCACAGGGCAACCGAUAAUAAAUUUAUAAGCAAUAUCGAAGGAUACAAAGGGAAUAUUCACAAACUUGGUAGACUACUCACGCAUGAAUGGUACACAGUUAUUGACAAGGAAGGAAAAAGCAAAGAAAGAUACUUGUUCCUAUUCAAGGCGCGAAUUCUUGUCUGCAAAGUUAGACGGAUCUCGGAAGAUAGAUCAGUUUUCGUUCUAAAGGAUAUUAUUCGAUUACCAGAAGUAGAAUUAAAGGAUCAUCCUGGUGAUAUACGAUCCUUCGAACUACAUAACCCGGCUAUUCCUAAUUAUCCCAUCACUUUAGUAGCUCACAAGGAUCCCGUGAAAGGUUAUUGGCUCAAGGAGAUUCGCCAAUACGCUAGCGAUCUAGUCGCUCUCGCUGAACACGCAGCAGACGAUCUUCAGGUGACUGAGGAAGUGUUGGAAACUAAGGAAGAGCUCAAGAGCGACGAAAAGCCGGUAUCAGUUAAGGUUGAAUCACAGCAGGCAAAUCUGGUAUCACCUAAAGUCCAAGUGAAGGAAGAAAUCCAGGCGAAUUUGGCAUCACCUAAAGUCCAAGCAAAGGAAGAAGUUAAGGUAAAUCCAAGUGCACCGAAGGUAGAAUCGACUAAAGACUCCAUCAAGGUUGUAGAGAAGAGAAAAGAUUCUGCGAUCGACAUAUCCGAAGCAAAGAAAACCAAAGUCGAGGAAAUCCAAAUAAAGGAAGAAGCCAAAGUAAACCCGACUCUAUCAAAGGUAGAUUCGAUCAAGGAUUCCAAAGUUGUAGAGAAGAGAAAGGACUCUGCGACUAACAUAUCGGAAGCAAAGAAGAGCAAAGUCGAGGAAAUUCGAGCGAAGGAAGAAGCCAAGGCAAAUUCGAAUCCACCGAAGGUAGACUUGAUCAAAGACUCCGCCAAGAUUGUAGAGAAGAGAAAGGACUCUGCGACCAACAUAUCAGAAGCAAAGAAGACCAAAGUCGAGGAAAUUCAAACGAAGGAAGAAGCCAAGGCAAAUCCGAAUCCACCGAAGGUAGACUCGAUUAAAGACUCCACCAAGAUUGUAGAGAAGAGAAAGGACUCUGCGACCAACAUAUCGGAAGCAAAGAAGACCAAAGUCGAGGAAAUUCAAACAAAGGAAGAAGCCAAGGCAAAUCCGAAUCCAUCGAAGGUAGACUCGAGCAAAGACUCCACCAAGAUUGUAGAGAAGAGAAAGGACUCUGCGACCAAUAUAUCGGAAGCAAAGAAGACCAAAGUCGAAGAAGCACAAGCAAACAUGUCUCGAAGAUAUUCCGCGAGUCGAUAUAGCACUUCUUCGAAAGUCGUAGAAGAAUACUCGUCAGUCUCGAGUAGUCGUAAUGGCGUGUCCACAUUCAUGGAAUCGGCGACGUCCGAGACAAAAGUGUCUUCCACGUCACAAGGGGCAGGCCAGACAUCGGAAACUACGACUUCAUACGAGGCUGCAAUCACCGGUGGUACGGCAACGGACUCGAAUGUCGAAAAGGGAACUGCCAAAGUCACUCUUGCUACCGAUGCUGGCAAACCGGUGUUUAUCAAGACAAUCGAAGGAUGUAAUGUGGAACCGAUACGACCAAAAAAGGCAUUGAUACACGCUAUAGCCGGAGAGGUUGCCACUUUCGAGUGCGCAUUGUUAACCACCGACCCAACUACUAGAAUGCAAUGGUUAAAAGAUAACAAACCAAUGGAGGAUAAACUGGCUGAUCGCGUCAUCACUACGAUGUCCGAUACCUCGUGCAAGCUCGAAAUUCAGAAUGCUCAUGAAUCAGAUUCCGGCAUAUAUAUUGCGCGUGCUUUAAAUGCGAACGGCGAGGCAACAUGCACCGCUCAAUUAGUGGUUCAACGAUUGAGUCCGGAAGAGCAAAAAGCAAGAGCAGAAGCAAAUGCGCCUAUAUUCUUGGUGCGUUUGAAAGAUACCGAGCUUCUCCAGAAUACCUAUCUACGCUUCAUGAUCAAGGUCAAGGGAAAUCCUAAUCCAGAAGUAAAAUUCUUCAAGGAUGGCGUCUUGAUCGACGCAAAGCACGAACGCGUGAAGAUCAUACGGGACAACGCCGAGAAAGGAUUUUAUGAAAUGGUGAUUGCCGAUGUUCAGAAACAAGAUGCUGGAAAAUAUUCGUGCACAGCUAUAAAUCGUUACGGCGAUGCUACAUGCGAGGCGGUGGUGACGGUGACAGAUGAAAAGCCGUUGUUCUUGGGACUUCCUGAGGGACUUCUUGAACUUGGAACAGAACCGCGAUUCCUUUGGUCGCGCGAUGGACAACCGUUCAAUCCUGAAGACAGAUUUAAAGUUCUCUUCAAGGAUAGCGAGGAUACUCUGGCACUGGUGUUCCAGCAUGUAAAACCCGAAGAUGCCGGUCUUUAUACAUGCGUAGCACAAACUUGCACAGGUAACAUUAGCUGCAGCGCAGAAUUAACAGUGCAAGGUGCUGUGAAUCAAUUGCUGAAGGAUCCGGAAAAGCCGAAAUUACAAACGGAAUCGAGGCAAUCGGAAGUGAACAUCGGUGGUUCCGCGAUGUUAGAAUUACAGGUAAAGGGUUAUCCUAAGCCAGAUAUCAAAUGGACCAAGGAUGGCCAGGAGAUCGCAGCCGGCGGUAGAAUCAAGUACCUCUGGGAAGACGAAGAGUCCCUCUCGUUAGUGAUUAAACAAGUCACCGCCAAAGACGCCGGUACUUAUACCAUCACGGCGAAGAACGAGCUCGGCGAGGACAGUACGCAGAUCGAGUUGAUCGUCAAGUCCGCACCGAAGGUCACGAAAAAGCAAUCCGACAUGAUGAUCCUUAUUGAGGAUACGGGUACGAUGACUGUGCAAGUGGAGGCCACUCCGGCACCGGAAGUUUCGUGGUAUAAGGACGGUCAAUUGAUCGAGGAAAGCAAUCGUAUCAAGAUUAUCAAGGAGAAUAGUGACACGUACAAGCUGGUGAUCAAGAAUGCGAAACGAGAAGACGCGGGCUCGUACUCGAUCGUCGCACGAAACGAGAUCAAUCAAACGACAGAGAUCUGGAAGGUCGGCAUUAAAUACCCGCCGAAGAUCAAAAAGGGACUCGGCGAACCUCGAGUGCUGAAUGAAGGAGACACGUUGAAUCUCUUGAUUGAAGUGGAUCCGGAUUGUGAGCCGACUUCGGUGAAUUGGUACAAGGACAAGCAGCUUCUAACCGCGAGCGAUCGCGUGAAAAUGACGCAAAAUGGAAGCAAUUAUAUACUUACAGUUAGCGGUGCGAAGGUGGAAGACGCAGCGGUUUAUAAGGCUGAAGUGGUGAACAAGUACGGGACCAUUUCUGACGAAACGAAAGUCAGAGUACGUGGUAUACCGCAAUUCAAGACGAAACUGUGCGAUAUCAGUGCGAACGAGGGCGAACUGAACAUCGAGCUUGUGGUAGAAGUCGAGGGCUUUCCGAAGCCGAGCGUGCACUGGUUCCUGGGUGACAUCGAAAUCACGGAGAAGCGCACAGAGUACACUCGUGUGGAAGAAGGCGAUAAUUACAAGCUUGUCAUCAAGGAGGUGAAGACUGAGCUAAAGGGCCAUUAUACCUGCAAGGUGCAAAACGAGUACGGCGAGAACUCGAGCAGUUCCAACCUGACAGUAAACACCCGACCAAAGUUGCUGAAGAAACUAGAGGACCAGAGAUUGAAGGAGGGCGAAACGCUCACACUGAAGUUGGAGGUAUCCGCUACACCAGAUCCGGAAGUCAAGUGGUACAAGGAUGGGGAAGAGGUGACGGCAGACGCCAGGAUUAAGAUCACUAGGGAUAGCCAGCGGAAGGAGAGUUACGAUUUGACAGUGACACUACUGAAGGGCAGCGAUGGCGGCUUGUAUGAAGCGCGAGCUGAAAACGAGCUGGGCUAUGUUAUUAGCAAGAGCAAAGUCAUCGUGCUGACUAAAACGGAAGAUGAGAAGGUCGAUGAAAAGAUAGAGCCUCCGAAAGAAAAGGUCGAGAAGACAACAGUGAAGGAAGAAACGCGAGCAAAGAAAUUGAACGAACAAUUGUUGCCUCAGCAAACGACUCUGCGCGCUGAAGAAUCAGGAUUGGAAGGUCGCGUCAGACUGGAGAAACAAAACAUCCAAGUAAUUCAAGGGGACAAUGAAACAAUCACAAUCUCCGUGGCCUCUACAACAUCACACGAAGCUAUACUCACAGGUCCCGAUGAAAGUCAUACGAUCAGCAAGAUGACGGCGACCAAAGUCGAGUGUCGGGAAUUCGGUGUUGAAUCGGGACCCCGUGUUGAAGAGAUCGCUUCUUAUGCUUACACCGUACAAGAGGAGAACUCCCGACCACAAAAUGGCGUGCUAAUCGAGGAAUUUUCGGAGACCGAAGAGAAAAGAUCCAACGUAGGUUUAAAUCGUGGAAUCACGAUUGUCUCCGUUUCCGAUGACGAAUCGACUUUGAAGGCGCUGUCACGAGACGUCAGCAUAGAGGACAUGCAAUCGGCCGAUCAGUUUCCGGACGAUCAAAAAACAACGAACGAUAUCGACGAAUUUUACUUUAACGGAACAUCGGAAAAUGAGAGAAUUUUGGAAAAUGUUAUACCGUAUAGAAUCUCUAGAAUCGUGGAAACUAUCGAAGAACGGUCAUCCGAGGAGCCGUCUUUGACAAAAGUGCUGUCGAAUCAAACUUUACGGCAGGAAAGUCUGGAGGUAAAGGAGAUAAAUUUAUCCGCCCAGAGUCCGACGAUUAGCGAUUCAAGCCCGGCGAAGAGAAUCGCGGAGACAACUUUAGAUCAACCAAGCUCCGCCGUUGAAUUGUCGAAGGCGACCGCGAUGCUCGAGGAGACAAAAAUCUCGACACUGUCGAGCAAAACACCGUCGAGCACUCGGAAAGGGCAGCUCGACGACGACGACGAAGAGAUCGAUGAGGAGAUGAAGAAUCUUUUAGCUCGUGUUAAGCGACAACGUAGCGUGCUAGACGAAAUCCUCGAUAAAGAGUCAGGCAGAGAGUCAGCCCCGCCUCACAUCAUAAGCACAAAUCUCACCGAUCGAACGAUCUUCGAGACGCAGAAUACGCAAUUCGAGAUAAACGCAACAGGCUUACCGAGACCAGAUGAGAAGUGGCUGAAGGAUGGUAAGCCUCUUCGAUCUGGGGAACGGGUGAGGAUCACGACUGCUGGGGAGUUAUAUCAGAUGGAUCUCAGCAAGGCCACCCUCGAAGACGCAGGUGUUUAUACCCUCAUCCUGACGAACAAGUUAGGCGAGGAAAUCGUAGAAGGUUAUCUGACAGUCGGUACUGUCAACGAUCUCCGAAAGCCAAGGUUUAGUGAACCUCUUCAGGACGUCGAUGUCGAUCCUCAAGCAGAUGGUGAAUUCAAAGCCGUCUUCACGGCCGAUCCUGUUCCGGAUAUUACAUGGUUCUGCAAAGGUCAGGAAAUUCCGCCUGAUGAUUCUAGACUUAAAUGGACUGUCACUAGUGGCCCGGCAGCUGAUAGAUUAACGGAAUGUAAAAUUGCACUGAAAGUACCAAAAUGCACCAAAGAAGAUACCGGAGAAUAUACUUUGAAGUUAGCAAAUAAAUGGGGCGAAGGCGAAUCUAGUGCAUUUUUAAGUCUUCUAUUAAAACCAGAAAUUGAGACCUUUAGAGAUCACACCGCGUCGGUUGACGAGCGAGUUGAAUGGCAAGCUAUUAUUAAAGGAAAUCCAAAACCUGAAAUCGUAUGGAAGAAAGAUGGUACGCAGUUGCAAAAGAACGAACAGUACGAUAUGGAGGAAGAUAAAAGAAAUUGCAAAUACAAGCUUAUCAUCAAAAAGCUCACUCUGAAGGAUGAGGGAACCUACACAGUUGUAGCAAAGAAUUAUUUGGGCGAAGUGAGUGCUCAAGCUACACUUACGCCUCACACCGAGGCUCCGACUUUCCUGAAAGACCUGUCAAAGGUGCAAUGCAACGAUCGCGAGGAUAUUGAACUGAAAAUCCGUGCAACUGGCAUCCCGAGACCGACCGUCGAGUGGUUGAAAGACGGCGAGAUUUUCAAAGAGGACGAGCGUCAUCAGGUGACGAGCCACGUGGAUGGCAUAGUUGACAGUACCCUCUCCAUCAAAUCUUUCUCAGCCGACGACGCCGGCAUGAUAACUUGCAAGGCGACCAAUGUCGCCGGAGUAACGCAGACUAGCUGCAAGUUAUCCAUGAUGUUGACAGCACCUUCGUUCGGUAAAGCGUUACCAAGAUCGGCAGAAGUUGACGAGGGCGAACCUUUGGAGCUCAAGGCCAAGGUAGACGGCAGUCCGAUACCUAAGAUUGCUUGGUUCAAGGACGGCGAGAAGAUCACUCCGGAUGAUCACGUGAAGAUUAGUACAUUGCCGGAUGGUACCACGAAGCUUACUAUCGAUGUAGUGAAACCUACCGAUUGCGGUGCCUACAAGCUUGUUGUUACAAACUCCAGUGGCGAGAAUUCCUCGCUCUGCGCUGUUGCUGUCACGCCCGAACGAAGGAAACCAUCCUUCACAAAGCCAUUGGAGGAUACGAAGGCUAUAGUCGGGCAACCGUUGAAACUGGAAGCACAAGUCCUAGCUUUCCCGAAUCCGCAAGUGCAAUGGUUUAAGGACGGAAUACCAUUGCGACACUCAAAAGAAAUGUAUUUUAUGAAUGAGCCGAAUGGUCUUAUUGGCUUGAGAAUGGAUUAUGCACGUCCGGAAGAUGCCGGCAUCUAUUCACUGACUGUCUCCAACGUGCUCGGUGAAAUCACGGGUACGGCCAAGGUAGAAGUGGAGGAAAGGGAGAAGAGACCGGAGUUUGUUGCGAGUCUUCAACCGCAGACUGUUGUCGAGGGUUUCCCGGUGAAGUUGGAAGUAAAAACUACAGGAAAACCGGCGCCCGAGCUCAAGUGGCUACGAAAUGACGAAGAAAUUGUUCCGGACAACAAGCAUAUCAAAAUCAUCAGUCAACCGGACGGUAGACAAGCUCUGAUCUUCGACAAGGCAACGCCGGAAGACAUCGGUGUAUACCAAGUGAUAGCUGGUAACACGGAAGGUACCGCGUCCUGCAAAGCCAAGUUGGACGUAGCUGGCAAGGUAACACCGGAUACGCCGGAAGAGAAGCCAACGUUUACCAGUCCCAUGCGCGAUGUCUCCGUUGAGGAGGGCCAGCCAUUGGCAUUGAACGUGUCGUUCGUCGGUAAUCCGAUCCCCGAUGUGAGUUGGACGAAGGACGGCGAGCCGGUUGUGCCAUCGGAACGCAUUUCGAUGAGCUGUGACGGCAAGAAGGUCGGUCUGCAAAUCGAUCCGUGCGAGCCUAAGGACGCGGGCGUUUACGGCUGCCGACUAACUAAUCCAUUAGGCGACGACACCAUCAGCGCGAACGCUAUCGUUCGUAAGGUGUACCAAUCGCCGAACUUUACGCAAAAGUUCACAGAUCUGCAGCAGUUACCCACGUACGACGCCAAGUUUCCAACCCGUAUCAGCGGUAUACCGCAUCCAGAAGUUACCUGGUAUUUCAACGACAAGCCGAUUUUGCGGGACAACGACAAGUACAAGAUCAAGCGCGAUGGCGAUGCCUGCUGUCUAUACGUAAAAGAUUGUACAUACGAUGAUUCAGGAAGCUACAAGUGUAAGGCGGUUAAUAAGGGCGGCGAGGCGGAGUGCGUGGCAAAUCUGGCUGUUGUUGAUAAGAUCGAGAAAAUGCAGAAAGUCGAGCCACCGGCGUUCCUGAAGAGGAUCGGCGAUUGCGAGGUUUAUAGAGGCAUGCCGGCAAAGUUCACCGCAUGCGUCACAGGUUACCCGGAGCCCGACUUUGAAUGGUAUCGCAACGGUGACAGGCUCUGGCCCUCUGAUCGUAUUAGGAUGGACCAGGAAGGUAGCCUGUUACGGCUCAGAAUAGCCAAUGUGGAUGAGCUGGAUGCCGGAAAAUAUGUGCUGAAGAUAUCCAAUCCUCACGGUGAGGAUUCAUGCAGCGCGGAAAUGGUUUACGAAUCUUUAGAACCACGUGCGAAGAAACCUCUCGCCGAUCAAUACGCGGAUUUCGACAAGUAUCAGAAGUCGGGCAUUCCGUUACCGCUGGCGGACCGUCCGAUCAUCAGCCGUAUGAUGGACCGGCAUCUUACCCUCUCGUGGAAGCCGUCCAUUCCGAUCGGACCACGCGUGCCCGUAACUUAUCUGGUGGAGAUGUGCGAAUUGCCGGAUGGUGACUGGUUUACCGCACGCAGCGGCGUACGUAGCUGCGUGUGCGACAUACGCAAUCUCGUGCCGUUCCGUGACUACAAGUUCCGCAUCCGAGUGGAGAACAAGUACGGUAUAAGCGAUCCAUCGCCAUUCGCGCAGACUUAUCGCGCCAAACUCGAGCCAGAGCCGCCCAAGUUCUUCCCCUAUCUGCCACCGGGUAUCGACUUCCGUCCCGAAACUAGCCCCUAUUUCCCAAAAGACUUCGACAUCGAGCGACCGCCGCACGAUGGCUAUGCCCAGGCGCCUAGAUUUUUGCGUCAGGAAUACGACACGCAAUAUGGCGUGAAGAAUCAUAACUGCAACCUCUUCUGGUUCGUCUACGGCUAUCCCAAGCCAAAGAUGACGUACUAUAUCGAUGAUGAGCUCAUUGAAUCGGGCGGUCGUUACGAUCAGAGUUACACCAGGAACGGUCAAGCAACUCUCUUCAUCAACAGGAUGCUCGAGAGAGAUGAAGGCAUCUACGAAGCCGUUGCUACGAAUGAACACGGCGAGGCCAGGCAAAGAGUUAUCUUAAAGAUCGCCGAAUAUCCUACGUUUAUCGAGAGACCCGACGAAACCAUCGUGAUGGUGAGAAGAACCGGUCAAUUGACUGCUCGCGUAACUGGCGUACCUUAUCCGGAGCUUAAGUGGUAUAAGGACUGGAAACCUAUAGCUUCAUCUUCCAGGAUCAGGAUUCAAUUCAUCGAACCCGACACCACGACUCUCAUCAUCAGCGAGGCCAUCACCAAGGAUGAGGGUCUCUACUCGAUCAGCGCGGGUAACGUGGCCGGUUCGGUAUCGUGUUCAGUGAUGCUGCACGUAGAGGAGAACGAGCACGAAUACGGAUACAGGACGUAUCGAAAGAAGAUGGAUGUGAAACCGCGCGACAAGCUGUUCAGCGAUUUGUACGAUUUAGGCGAUGAAUUGGGUCGUGGCACUCAGGGUGUCACUUAUCACGCAGUCGAGCGGAGUACCGGAAGGAAUUACGCAUCUAAGAUUAUGCACGGGCGUGGUGAUCUCAAGCCAUUCAUGUACAACGAGAUGGAAGCGAUGAACAAUCUGCAUCAUCGCAAAUUGCUGCGAUUGCACGACGCUUUCGAGACUAAUGAUUCAGUCACGCUCGUCAUGGAAUUAGCGGCUGGUGGUGAGUUGGUGGAUACUCUCACGAGACAAGAAUACUACACCGAGAUAGAUAUCGCUCGUUAUAUACGUCAAUUGUUGUGGGGACUGGAAUAUAUGCACGAAAAUCAUUACGCACAUCUUGGUCUAACGCUUGGCGAUCUACUAAUUUCGCACGCCAAUGGAGAUGAUCUAAAGAUCGGAGACUUCGGACUCGCUCGUAAAAUUUUGCAGACAAAGUUAAUGACCUUGGCAUACGGCAUGCCGGAAUAUGUCGCACCGGAAGUGACUAAUAACGAGGGCGUCAGCUAUCCCGCAGAUAUGUGGGCCGUCGGUGUAAUUACCUAUAUCCUGCUAUCGGGCAUUUCACCAUUCAGAGGCGCAAACGACAGAGAAACGUUGAAGAAGGUCAGGGAAGGUAGAUGGGACUUUGACGAUCGAUGGAAGAACAUCUCGAACGAAGCGCAAGACUUUAUUCACAGUUUACUAAAAUACAAUGUCGAAAAAAGAUUGGACAUCAAGACCGCUUUGGCUCACCCGUGGUUUAAUUAUAUCGAUAAUUCGCCGCCGGAGCCCUACAGGAUACCUUCCGAGAACUUGAAGAAUUAUUACAAACUUUAUCGCGAUUGGUACAGUAAUGCUUCGUGCCGCACGUGGUAUCGCAGACGUAAAUUGGAGACAGCUUUCGAGGAUCCGUCACGGAUGGUAUAUCCACCUGGACAUAAAUUCACACCUGAACCCAGCCGCGAAAGGAGUCCGUUGAAGAAACGUUCGCCCAGGACAUGGGAAAAUCAAAUACCAUCCAGAGAACCGAUCGAUACGGAAAUCGGGAUUAUUACAAAUGAAAGCCAUUAUCAAAAUGGUCCGGACACAUAUCUUCUUCAGCUGCGAGACACCGAUUUCCCUGUACGACUACGUGAAUACAUGAAAGUCGCAUGCAAUCGCAGUCCCGGAUUCUCCCGUUCCAUUACUGAAGACAACAAUUUUGACUGGAGGACACCUAUCAUACGAGAACGUCGUCGAUUCACGGACGUUAUGGACGAGGAGAUUGACGAUGAAAGGAGGGAGCGUAUCAAUCGUUAUGGAUCGGCGGAUACAUAUACGCUUAGACGUCUGAGGAAUGAGUUAGGUACUCGAUUGGACAGUUAUGCUGAAGCCGAAGCGAUAAUUGGGUCAAAGAAAGAGGGUCAGUCCCCGUUCUUCCGCGAAAAACCACAAAUCUGUCCGAUCGAGGAGGGAAAGCCGGCACAUCUCGCCUGUCUGGCAGUGGGAAAUCCGAAACCACUGAUACAGUGGUUUAAGAAUGAUGUAGUCAUCCAGCAAAACAACAGGAUUAAAGUGACAGAGGAUGCGGAGGGGAGGUCUAUACUCAGUUUUAAUCCUACGAAGGAGCAUGAUAUCGGAAUAUAUAAGGUCGUAGCGAGGAAUCCUAUAGGACAAACGGUUGUUAGGACGAGGAUGUUGCUAGCAAUGGUGCCUUGUGGUCCGGACUCUCCAGAGGCUUCCGAUGUUUCGGAUACCGAAGUUCUUCUGCGAUGGAAGCAGCCUAAGUAUGAUGGCAAUUCUCCUGUAUUAUGCUACAAUCUUCAGUAUAAGGAAGGCGACUCGAUCGCCUGGAUAGACGUCGCUUCCAACAUUGACCACGAGUUCUACCUGGUGCGUGACCUAAAGCAAGAUACGAGCUACAACUUCCGCUUGGCAGCACGCAAUCGCAUAGGCUGGAGCGAGAAGGGUAUCCCAUCCAAGUUAAUCAAAACGCGAUUGCCGGGUUGUCCGAAGGUGCAAAUCACACGGGCGAUGAGGCAUCUUCAAGAAUUGACCGAAGCCGGACAAGAAAUCGUCCUAGAAGAAGACAAGCCGCGCAUGGAUUACUCCGUGGAAGAGCAUCCAAUCGAAUGGUCCACAGAGUCCAACCAACUAUCUACCAAAUACAGCUUCAUUUCAGAGUUGUCACAAGGUCAGUUCUCCGCUGUAGUAAAGGGCGUGGAUAAGAGCACGGAUUGCGUGAUCGUCGCCAAGAUCUUGCAGUUGAAACCCGUAACGGAAGAGCAGGUGAACCGAGAAUACGAGGUACUGCGCUCGUUACGACACGAGCGAAUAGCCAUGUUGCAGGAGGCCUACAAGACGCCCUCCGGAUCUCCGAUUACGGUAUUCAUCAUGGAGAAGCUCCAGGGCGCUGACAUUCUCACGUACUUCUCCAGCCGGCACGAGUACACGGAGAACUGCGUGGCGAAUGCCAUCACGCAGAUCCUCGACGGUCUGCAAUACUUGCACUGGCGUGGUUACUGUCACCUGGACAUCCAGCCAGAUAACAUCGUCAUGUCGUCCGUAAGAUCGGUGCAGGUGAAGCUGGUCGACAUGGGGUCCGCUUACCGAGUCAGUCGACUGGGCACGAUAGUGCCUGAACAAUUUGGUCACCAUGAGUACAGAUCGCCCGAGCUUUACAACGAUGAACCGGUCUACCCGCAGACGGACAUAUGGAUGGUCGGUGUGUUGACUUACGUGUUGCUCUCCGGGAUCUCUCCCUUCGGUGGUAAAAAUACGGACGAAACCAGGCAGAACAUAUCCUUCGUCAGAUACAGAUUCGAAUAUCUUUACAAAGAGCUCAGUCAGGAGGCUACCAGAUUUCUUAUGCAGGUCUUCAAACGCGCACCAAGUAAAAGACCAAUGGCUGAGGAGUGUCAUGAACAUAGAUGGCUAUUACCUACAGAAUAUAUGAUUAAGAAACGUGAGAGAGCUGUGUUUUUGGGCAAUAGGCUGAAGGAGUAUAACGAGAAAUAUCAUGAAGAAAAAUCGAAGCUAGUUUCUGAGAGUGACAUUCUAGCGAGCGAGAGUUUAUUGGGCUCGAAACAGAAACUUAUUAGAUCGACCAGCAUACAAGAAGAGCUGCUGACCACGUUCUAACGAUAGACCUGCGAUUUUUUAUUUAUAUUUAUGGAUACACAUACUCCAUACAAACACAUUUCUUCUCGCGUUUAUGUCUGUUUCUCUGGACAGCGAGAAGAAAUGAUGAGAAACAGGAGGGAUUCGGAUCUCUUGUGUCUUCUCUUUUGUUAUAAUUUAUUUGUUACAAGUUGUAAUUAUAUAACAAAAAUAUAUCGUCGUCAACCAAUCGAUGCUUCGCCAACAGAUUUUGUUGGUGCUUGAAUAAAAUAAUAAGUUUCUCAACCGUCCGUUAAUUCGACGAGUAUAACACAAAUGAAUUGUUACCUAUACUUUUCAAUGAGUCAAAGUGCAAAUCGAAUUUUUUGAAAUUUGGCAAAAAAUUUCGAUUAUGCGUUGUAUGAAAAUUAUAAAUAAAUAUUUGAUGAAAUAACUGUGAGGCCU